GCAGCUGACUGCCAAUGUCUAUCGAUAGUCUAGCAGCCCUGGCUUACGUGCACAGUUUGUUGAGAAAAGUGUCAGUUUAAUAUAAUUGAAAUACAGAAGCGUUUCGUAUUGUUUUUGUAUGCUGCCGCCACUUAGCUGCAAUAUAUAUGUCUAUAUAUAUAUCAUAAAUUUUUACCCAGCAUCAACGAACUGCGCGUUAUUUACGCAACAACAACGACAACAACAACAGCACAAACUAAAACAACAAUCAACAAUCAAUCGAGAACUCUGCAAUCGGCAGCAAAAUCUAGCGACAGCUAAACAACAACAACAAGAACUCCCAACAACAAAAUCCACAAUCAUGGCGAACAUGGCCGUAUCACGUAUCAAGCGCGAAUUUAAAGAAGUUAUGCGCAGCGAGGAGAUCGUUCAGUGCUCGAUCAAAAUAGAGCUGGUCAAUGACAGCUGGACAGAGCUACGCGGCGAAAUCGCCGGACCGCCAGACACGCCCUACGAGGGCGGUAAAUUCGUACUGGAAAUCAAAGUACCCGAAACAUACCCAUUCAAUCCACCAAAGGUGCGCUUUAUAACACGUAUUUGGCAUCCGAACAUUUCAUCAGUCACUGGUGCCAUUUGCCUGGACAUAUUGAAGGAUAAUUGGGCUGCUGCGAUGACAUUGCGUACGGUGUUAUUGUCGCUGCAGGCGCUGCUAGCUGCUGCCGAACCCGAUGAUCCCCAGGAUGCAGUUGUCGCAUAUCAAUUUAAGGAUAAGCAUGAGCUAUUUGUACUAACUGCCCGACACUGGACCAAUGCAUAUGCCGGUGGUCCAAACACGUUUCCCGAUUGUGAUUCAAAGAUACAGCGUCUCAAGGAUAUGGGCAUCGAUGAGCACGAUGCGCGCGCUGUAUUAUCCAAAGAGAAUUGGAAUUUGGAGAAGGCGACCGAGUGUCUAUUCAGUUAGCUUUGCGGCACAUCGUCCAACAACAUCAACAAUAACAACAGCAAUAAAAACAACAACAACAUCAUCAUCAACAACAGCAACAA